AUGAAAACACAAGCAGGCAAAAGAAACCACAAGGUCUAUGGACAAGCAAGGUGCUGAGAGACCAACCGCGGAGAGCGCUAUUCAGACUGCUGAAUCUUUCUUUGUUCCGGCUUUGAAGGAUCGCAAUGACAAUAGACAUAUCAUCCUGAAACUCGCAAAAACAGAAUCUGUGAACGAUGAAGUGCGAGUCAAGUUCCUCCUCCGAGCGGGAGAACUACUGCAGUCCUUGCAUUCUGCGGUCAAGUUUGAACAGACUUCACAACCACAGGGUCAUGCCUACGACUCUUCCCUGCUAAUGGCAUUGUACAAAUUGACGGAUUUUUUGCUUCUUGAAGGUCUCUAUCCGUCUCUUCCAACCGGCGUUGGACAGUUGUCUCGCCUUCGAAGCAAAUCACUUUUCUACAGCAAACCCGAUUCCCACUAUGCGUGCUUGAGGGGCAGUGACUGUUCAAAGCUAGUGCUACUUGAUAUUCUCGCUCCCAUUCUCAAGGACAUUGACACCGGCAUAGAGCCCUUGCUGCGGCACCGCGCUUUGAAUGAUAUUAUUGCUGGCUACGCAUGGCUUGCGAGGUGCCAGGGCCGCUCGGCGUUUCCCUCUUCGUUCUCGUCCUAUCUGGAAAGGCUUCCGACUUCCACUCUUCUUGCAUCGUACACAUCAUUUCUUCGAAAUUCGGAGGUGGAAUGGUUUCGCUCAGUGAUUUCCGAGCAACUUUCUGCUCUACCACUUCGUCGACAUGGAGUCCGUAACACCAUUGAGUUCAUUGCUGCUUCACACAGGGCACCUCAACAACAGCCAGGUGAAAACGACAUAAAGCCAUCCGCUGGCCCAUUGCUUCCUCUGGAAGCUCUUCAGCAGGCCUCGAAACUUCUUUCAUCUGCGCCACGAAACAUGUCUAUAGAGUCGUACUUGUCACAGUUAGCACCACAGCUCUUUUCACUUCUUGAUGACCCCAAGGAUCCCGCAAUGCGGAAAGUAGCGGCAUUUAUAAUCUCACAUGGGAUACUUGGAAAACGGAGCAUUGGUGCACCAGGAACCCAUGGAUGGAGACUUUUUGUAGAGCCUGUUCUUCAAGCAAUUAAUCCCACCAACCAUGCAAGCAGUCAGAGGUUGUCGCCUGCUCCAAUUAAAGGAGAAGACUUAGGUCAGUACACAGUAACUCAGUCAGACCUGGAGCUUGGUCUUCGACGACUUUCGGCACUUGCUUUGUCACAUCCGAGUCCCGGGCUGACUGGCCGAUUGAUUCGACCGCUCCUUCUUCCUCUUUGGGCACUCUCCAACUACCGUGGCUUAUCUUUCUCUGCUACCGAGGCGUCAAAAACUGCAUUCUCGGUUCUGCGUCAGUUUUUCAACCUCGUGGGCACGCCUCAAAACCUAUGCCUUCUGGCUGACCAUCUUUUGUGCGAUGGCUCGGACGACUGGGUAUUUGGACCUGGUGAUUCCGGUGGUAUAUCUAUCCGGAAGAGGACAGAAGGCAUUCAGUUCCAUGAUUUUGAUGACGAUAUUGAGCGGGCACUCGCACGCAUUGACCAGGCGGCUCAGACUCUCUGUUCCCUAAUCACCUCGAGCAAGAUAAGUGAUUCGGACCUAGGCAUGCUCUUUCAACAUAUCUUAAUGCGAGCUGGAAGCGCAGAUGAAAUGCAGAGAGACCUAGCCAAGGAUGAGGACAUACUUGGCUUCAUGGCCAGAGGCCGGCUCUGCGAAUCCCUAGUCACAACAUUUUCUGAUCGUCUUGUUCGAACACCAGAUCGCAUCUUGGAUUUGGUCCGUCAAAUAAUCCAGAGACAAUUAAAUGAUGAGAAUUGUCGAACCAGUGAGCACGCUAGUCCAUCGCUAACAGCCUUGUCAAAUAUUAUUCAGUCAUCAAAACCGAUGCGAGAGGAUAGAGACCGACACAGUGAUGACAUCGUACUCGUCUCCCUCAGUCUCGUCAAUGCCUUUGCUGCAAGUCCAAGCCCUGUUGAGGAACCCGGACUUCACUCCGAGGUGGAAAAAACUCUUGAGCUUUUAAAAUCGCUUUUAUCGACAAAAAACUUUGACGAUGCUCUGCAUGCACAGAUCAGGAGUACCGUAGCUCUGCUGGAAGCUAAAAUCGCUCGCCCGGCUAGUUCCGUCACACGGUCGGACACAGAUGCGGCUCUUGACGUGCAGAGAACGCUGGACUUGAUAUCCACCGACAUUGCUAGCGAGUUACCACCGAUUCGACGUUCUGCACUGUAUGCUCUACAGGCUCUGAUUAAAUCAGGUGCACCAUUAGAUGUACCUCCCAUUGGAUUAAUACUUCUCGAAGUACUACGUACAGAGAAAGAAGAAUUCGUCUAUCUUGCCGCUGUUCAAACCACAGUCCAACUCGCUGCCCGACGCAACCUAGGGCAUGUCAGUCGCUUAUUGACUGAUUCUUUCCAGGACAUAGAAGAACAAACGGGCGUCGACGGGCGUUUGCGCAUCGGAGAAGUUUUAUCAGGAAUUGUCGACGCAAUUACUGAAGCAGAUGUGAAGCUCGUGGAGCGGGGAGAGAUUAUGCGUACUCUGGCUCAUUCGCUACUCGUCGUUGCAAGUCGACGAGGUCAACGAAAGAGAGAACUCCUUGAACGUCAGCGUGAAGAGCGACUGCAACGUCUUAAACGCAAGGAAGCCGAGCGUGCAUGGGGAGGCGAUAUGCCUGAACUACCCGUUGAAGAAGACGACGAAGAGACUGAGCACUUGUCAUCGGCAGAGAAGAAGUUACGUCUUCAAAACUUGGACUUCAUAGACUCUAUCAUCAAGGGAUGGCAAGACACCGGCUACGAAGAGGAUGUCAGACUUCGAGCUUCAAGUCUCAGCAUUCUUGGACGCGUUUUGGAGCAAGGCAACCAAGACGUCCAGGGUACAGAAAUCAUAGCGAACACGAUUGAACUCAACUUGUCCAUACUCUCCUUGGAGCUAGAGCCAGCUAAGGCCAUCUUACGGCGAGCCGCGGCCAUGGCGAUGUUCGGCAUGCUCAAAGGGAUAGAUUCCCGUCUCGAGUCAGGAGAGUUCGACGGCUCGCAGUCACUGAUCUCCGGCGAAAAUUGGAGUAAAGUCGAGCCAACUCUGAACUGGGUCGUUGACACAGACCCGGACGACCUGACGGUCGGGCACGCAAAAGCCGUCCUCGACGGUUUGGAAGCCGUCCGCAUGAAGCUGAUAGCUGCGGCCGGUCAGCACGAAGCGAGCUUGUCUGUCGAAAGCAAGAUCGAGGACGUCUUGUCGAAAUCAAGUACGCGGAUGAGGAAAGCCGGCGACGCAGGUGCUCCGAUGCGCCCCGUCAUCGAGGAAAUCGAAUGAACCAGUCGCGGAUGGUUGUUGCAUGCUUUCAACAUUGAUCGUUGUUCCUUCCCCCUAGGUUGCGCACAGAAAUGGCUCCUACGACGGAACUCCGAAUUUGACCACGGCUAGUUCUCUGACCUGACUUCUCCGGGUCCAACGAUACAAGAGCGUUUGAUGGGCGUGUAGUGAUUCACGACACGAACACAAUGCAAUAAGCGUGAAUAUGUUCUUGCGUGGCUAAACAAGUAGUUCUGACGUGCGAUCAAGGAAAGAAAAGUGCGACGGCACAAAGGCUCUCAUCUCGUCAGAGGCAUACGGUACGAUGACUAGGUGGUUGCGGUUGUAGAGCUACACGAUGAACUCAAAAGGCGCAUGAAACACAUGUAUAAAUUUAUCUAAUGUCAGUAAUGAAUAC